UUAUGAAGAUGGCUCUUGUCUCCCUCGCAACAAUAUUUGCUAUUGCGUCUUUCGCUACAUUCGGAUAUGCAUCAGAUCCCAGCCCUCUCCAAGAUUUUUGUGUUGCUGUUAACGACACCGAGGCUUUUGUUUUUGUGAAUGGGAAGAUCUGCAAGAACCCUAAUAUGGUUGUGGCCGAAGAUUUCCUUUUUCGGGGAUUAAACAAGCCUGGAAACACCUCAAAUCCACUUGGAUCGAGAGUCACUCCUGUUACUGUCAACCAAUUACCUGGACUCAACACUUUGGGCAUUUCUGCUGUGCGUAUAGACUAUGCACCCAACGGUUUGAACCCACCGCAUACACACCCACGUGCCACCGAGAUUCUUAUUUUGUUAAAAGGCACUCUUUAUGUUGGAUUCGUCACUUCAAAUCCAGCUGACCCUGCCUUGAAAAACAAGCUCUUCGCAACGUAUUUGCACCCUGGGGACGUUUUCGUCUUUCCACAGGGUUUGAUUCAUUUCCAGUUUAAUGUUGGAAAGACCAAUGCUGUAGCAUUUGCUGGUCUGAGCAGCCAAAAUCCAGGUGUCAUUACUAUUGCUAAUGCAGUGUUUGGUUCGGAUCCUCCAAUUGACCCAGCUGUCCUGACAAAGGCGUUCCAGGUUGAGAAGGAUGUGAUUGAGUAUCUACAAGCGCAAUUCUGGUGGAACAUCGAUUAAACACAUAAGUCGAUUAUUGUAAGAAGUUGUUGAUAAUAUAUAUAUAUAUAUAUAUAUAUAUAUAUAUAUAUAUAUAUAUAUAUAUAUAUAUAUAUAUAUAUAUAUAUAUAUAUAUAUAUAUAUAUAUAUAUAUAUAUA